AUGGAUAUGCCUUCCUUUAAAAAAACCCUUAAUGCAGAAUCUACAUCAAUAGAUAACACUAAUCACGUGGUUCCAACAAUUACUGAAAACGAUAUCGAUAUCUCCAAAAAACAAAAAAGAGAUAACGACUCCGACGACGAAUAUUCUCGCCGCCGGCAUAAACAUCACAAGAAAUCAACUAGUUCAAAACAGCGCUCUUCCGUUUCUAAAAAACAAGAAGAUUCUAGUUCAGAUUCUUCUUUCGCUUCUAAAAAACACAAAAAACAAGAAGAUUCAGAUUAUUCUCGGACAA